UCUCUUGACGCUGGCGGGCCGAGCUGGCAUGUAUGUGCUCGCGCUCAUCGCUGUGUUCUUGCUCGCGGUUCUAUACGAGUGGUGCAACCACUGCAGGCUGAUCAAGAGGGCUAGCAGGAGCCCGAAUGUUGCGGUUGGGCUCGCGCGGACCGCGUUGCACGCGAUCAGGGUCGGGCUCAUGUACUUGACGAUGUUGGCCGUCAUGUCGUUCAAUGUUGGUGUAUUGAUUGUCGUGAUAUUAGGGCAUGCAGUGGGGUUCUUGCUCUUUGGGAGUGCGGCGGUUAACGAGUCGGAUGUGAACGGCGUGACCGGAGAAAAGCGGCCUGAUCUUCCUCCUGUUGGAUGUUAGGUGCCUAGGUAAACUUAGAAGUGGUUUUGGUUUAUGUUGAUGUUGGAGUGAUGAGCGUUUGGUAGUGGAUGUGCUGUUUGCUUGGGUUUGUUCCUUGAUGUUUAUGCGAUACUUUGUGUGUGUAGGCUUGUUGCUUGUAGGUAGAGGGUCAAGGACUCAAGGGAUCAUAUAUAUAUAUAUAUAUAUAAUUGUAUAACUGCUUUUUUUUUUGUUUAAAGAUAUGAAUGAGUGUGAGUGACGAAGAUAAGAUUUUAGUUGUAACGAAAGCGAACCAUAACUGUACAUAUCUCUUUUACUGUUACUUCGUCAGAAUG